AGAUGAGUCUUGAGAUUUAGGAAAACGUAAGAAUACUCUAGCAUGCUCUUCUUUUGGGGACGUAUGGAACUGCAGGAUGAAGCGCCACAGGUCUUCAAGUAGCAGCGACAGCUCAGACAAUGAGAGUCCUUCAACCUCUUUCUGCUCUUCCAGUAAGUAUGGAGGGAAGGCCGGCACCCCCAUUUCCAUGCCGAAGAAACCGGCAGAGGUUUUCCGAAAAGACCUGAUCAGUGCAAUGAAGCUGCCUGACUCCCACCACAUCUCACUGGAGGAGUAUUACCUGUUGGCGGACCCCUGGAGGCAAGAGUGGGAGAAGGGGGUCCAGGUUCCAGCCAGUCCUGACGCCAUUCCCCAAGCCUCUGUCAGGAUUGUUGCGGAGGAGCCCAAAGAAAGCUUGUUCUCCAGGCCGAAAAUGUAUAUCCAGUGCUGUAGCCAGGAAGCCCAGGAGCCUGGCUACGUCAGCGUCCAGGAGCUGGCUGAGGCGAUGUGUCGCUACGACCUGGACGAUAUGGACCUGUACUGGCUGCAGGAGCUGAACCAGGAGCUGGCAGAGAUGGGGGAAGAUAAGUUAGAUGAGCUGACCAUGGAGCGCGUCAUGGAGGCUCUGGAACGCCAGUGUCACGACAGCAUGAAUCACGCCAUCGAGACGGAGGAAGGCCUGGGCAUCGAGUAUGACGAGGACGUCGUCUGCGACGUAUGCCGCUCGCCAGAGAGCGAGGAGGGCAACGACAUGGUCUUCUGUGACAAGUGCAACAUCUGCGUGCAUCAAGCUUGUUAUGGCAUCGUAAAGGUUCCAGAUGGCUGCUGGCUCUGCAGGACCUGUGUCCUGGGCAUCGACCCACAGUGCAUGCUCUGCCCAAAUAAGGGCGGAGCCAUGAAGGCUACCCGGGCGGGCACCAAAUGGGCCCAUGUCAGCUGUGCCCUCUGGAUCCCUGAAGUGAGCAUUGCUUGUCCGGAAAGGAUGGAGCCAAUCACCAAAGUGUCACACAUCCCACCCAGCCGCUGGUCGCUGAUCUGCAGCCUCUGCAAGCUGAAGAUGGGCGCGUGCAUCCAGUGCUCAGUGAAGAGCUGCACCGUUCCGUUCCACGUCACCUGUGCCUUCGAGCACAACCUGGAGAUGAAGACUAUCCUGGACGAAGGCGACGAGGUCAAGUUCAAGUCCUACUGCCUGAAGCACAGCAAGCCCAAGGCGGGGGAGGGGGGGCACAGCCCCGCCCGCCAAAAGCCCCCCACGGAGACCGAGAAGCUGGGCCUGCGAGCACGAAAGCUGCAGGAGCUAGAAGAGGAGUUCUACUCACUGGUGCAUCCCGGGGAGCUAGCUCAGGACAUGAUGGUCCCACCUCACAUCCUGGACUUCAUCUUUCAAUACUGGAAGCUCAAACGCAAGAGCAGCUUCAAUAAGGCCCUCCUUCCUCCCAAAGAGGAGGAGGAGAACGUGCUGCUGCAGCCCGAGGAGAACAGCGUGCACACACGGAUGCGCAUGUUCAUGCACCUGCGGCAGGACCUGGAGAGAGUGAGGAACCUGUGUUACAUGGUGAGCCGGAGGGAGAAGCUUAAGUUGUCCCACAGCAAAGCCCAGGAGCAGGUCUUCAACCUGCAAGUGCAGCUGAUGGAUGAGGAGCUAUGUGUCGGCACUUCUCUCCCUCGGGCACUGGAGAAGACCAACAGUACUCCACCAAGGAUAAUGCUAAAACUAAAGAUGCCCAAAGAAGCUCUUGGAAACGGGAAGUCCAGCUUCAGGUCAGGUAAUAUUCCCUUGUGUCCGGAUAACGGCAGGGACGUGUUCGACUGCAGCAUUGGCAAGGUGGGACAGGUUAAGGGGCGAGACCAGACACCUCAGCUCACCAACGGCCUUCUACCAGUUCCAGUCGCCAAGCCACCAGGAAAGACCCUGGGGUAUCACGCCAUCCUCCACGGCCACUCAUCCAAUGGGCACGGCAAGCAGGAGCGUGAGCAUCGUCGGCUUCACAAGUUCAGUGGCGUCGUGGAGGACCUGCCGAUUAAGGGCUCCCUCAAGGGCCCCUAUGAGCACGGAAGCCGGGACUGCAUCUCGGGCAAAGACUAUCUGCCAGAGAGUUUGGGCCACUUCACCGUGGAGCAGUGCAGCCGACAGCUGAAGGAGGGCAUGACGGAAGCCACAAACGACCGCAGAGCGGCGGCCUGGAAUACCUCCACCAAAGACCCAGGUACGCCCUGCCAGGAGAGUGAUGGGUACUGCCCGGACCUGGAGCUCAGCGACUCGGAGCCUGAAAUCAAGGGGAGGAAGAGGCGUGUCCGAGGGCUGGGUUAUAGCCUGGAGGAAGAAUAUCCAGAUCAGGACUGUGGGAAAGGCAGCAGCAGCAAGAGCAAACUCUUAUUGGGCUCCAGGACCUCUGUGCAGAGGUCUUGACCAUAACUCCUUGUUUUUUUUUUUUUUCUUUAAACAUGACCUGGUUCUGGUAUUUCCUCCUCUGGGCUCAGGAUGAAGUUCAGGGUUGUCCCGUGCCUUCAUGGAGGAAUCGCUCGGCAUGUAAGGUUUUCCAGGAGUGCCGACCUAAACACGGGUGCUCCGUAAAGGAUUAGGAGACGGCUCCCCUUCCUUCCUGCCAUUGUAACCCCAAGGGUCACGUUCACUAGCGUGAAUGGUCUGGACCAGCUGAACUGAUUUUUUUUCAAACCAGGAAGAGACUGAAAUAUUUAUGUCUGUCUGCCCUUUCUGCCUUUCCUAAUGCUACACAAGUGGAUUUUAGCGAUUAAAACUGAGUUAAUUUAAAGACACGUGGCAUAUCUGUAGGGGGUGUGUAGAACAGCCUUUUAACUACUGUUGUGGAUAUUUAAGAAAAGUCUCUACAUUUUAUAGUUUUGAAAUAGUUACUCCUGGCAGCUGAAGAGGAGGUCUACACAAAAUACCCUUGUUAAUUAACAUGUUAAUUCACACCCUUUCCCUGUGUUUGCAGAAUAGUCUAUUUUGGUGAAUUAAGACACCUGUUUUGUGUCAUGACAUUAAUAAGAGACUGAAGCCAUUACUUUCCAUGACACUCCUCUCUCCUGGCCUGGGGUCCUUCUUGGUGCUUUUUUGCCCUUUUAUGGGGAAGUGUAAAUACCUGAGUUCUUCCACCAGGAGUUUGGAAAGACGGGAUCUUUGUGUUCAGUAUCUCCCUGUGAGAAUCGUUAAUAUGUUCAGUGCAAAAAAAAUAAAAUUCUCGGCGAGCACAUAAUCUGUAAGGAUGAAUGCUCCCAUGUUAGUAUUUUUUAUACAUCACACAUCUUAAGCAUUACCAAAAUUUUGUGUACAUGUCCAAGUACAUGUAUGAUUAUAGUUAAUUUCAGAUCAAUCCAAAGUAUAACUCUAAAACUGAAGUUUCUUUGCUUUUAGUAAAUGAAGAAAAUGCAGUCUUUACCCAGGUUUCAACUUGCAUAUAUUUAGGAGAAAAAUCAUUCCAUUUGCCAACUACACACCCCUCUCAAUCAGGACUAUUGUGUUUUUCAAGGGUAAUUGCUGGAUUUAGAAAUUCCUGGUGGAAUAUUUUGCGUGAAGCUGUGUGAAAGAAUAUUAGUGAUUUUAUAAAUUAUUACUGCAGUACAUGCCUGAAGUCUACCCCUGCAGUGUGUAUGCACAUUACUGCCAAAUAAAUAAUCAUGGAAAAUGUCAAAAACUUGUGCAUUUCUUGCACGGAACAGCAGGUUUAGGAACUACUUGUGUAAUCGGUUCAUUAUAGAGUAUGACACUCCUUACUGUAGUGAACCUAUGGAAAUCUGAAAAAAAGUGGACCAAUCUGUACAGCUGGCAGCUUUACUUAAGAGCCUGUUAAUGGUCUAGCUACUCCAUGCUGAGACCCGGCUAGGCUGGCAAGAGGUUUUGGAAAGGCUGGACGGUCACAGAGCAGCGGUUUCUUUGCAUAUGUGACUUCAGGCACCUGCAGUCCAGGGUAUUGCUUACGUGCUGUACCACCCAACCUCUUAUUGUGCAUAAUGGAGAACUACUUGUAUAAAAUGUUGUUGUUAAAAGGCAUCACUGAGUUGUGUCAUCUUUCAGACUAUUGAAAACACUGUAAAGAAUUCUUGGAGGGAUGUCUUGGCUUUCAUUCAGACAAAAGCCAAAGGGGGUGCUAAUUUUAUACUAUGUUUACUGCAUUAGGUGGUAUUGAAUUUUCAGGUAUUGUUUCUUUUUAAUGUUUUUCAUUAAAUUAAAAAAUGCAUCCCAGUU